UAACAAUAGACGAUUGCCCUGAAAUAGAUGCUUUGAAUCUUAGCUAUUUCAAACAUACGGGUUAUGCAAAUGUCGAUUUCAAGAGUGUCCCAGCACUUGUUGAGGUGAUUUUAAUUGGGAAUUGCUGUAUUCCCCCUCUGUUCCGAUAUGUCGGAAAUUUGCACCCUUUGCUAUGCAGCUCUCCAGAGUUUCCCUUGACAUGGAUGUUGAAAUCGAAAGAGAGGAUGAUGGUUUUUUGCCAAGAAUUUAUGUUAAUAUUCCUGCUCAAGGUCUUCCAUGUUUCAGCAACUUAGAAUGCCUGGAGUUGAAAUGUACUUAUGAUAAUACGAUGAUCGACUUUCCUAGUAUUGCAAGAUUAUUAGAGGCAUGUCACUUCUGCGCGAAUUCAAGAUGGAGGUUAUUUUGUUUCGGUUUCAUGAAGUGGAUAAGGAGGCUAGGUGCUGUAGGGAUUAGAACCCUUGCCGCUCAUGAGCUGGGCUGGGAGGUAUCUUUAUCAAGAGUAUGCAGAGGAGGAGGCGAUGAUAGAAUACAAGGGCAACAACGCAUUUCCAAGUCUAAGGGUGUUUGAGUUUGUUGGAUUUGUUGGAUAUGAAGAUGAUGUUAAUUUGGUACUAUACAUUCUGGAAAUGGCCACCCAGCUCGAAACUUUUACGUGUUGCCUAUUGGAAGCGUCGGAAUAAAAUGAUUAUAACUGUUUACUCCGUAUUAAGUUAAGCGGAUUGUUUUUAAAAUUUUGAAAAAAGUAAAUUUACCAUAGAAGUUAAGCUCCUCUUCUCUCAAUAUGCAUGUACCCAGUUUAACUUUAGUUGGUCGUCUAAUUUAACUUAUGGUUCGAUAGAUGCCAUUUAGCCCAUGUUCCAAAAACUAUUGAAGAAAAUAAUCUACUUCAUAUUUUAUUGCGGAACUUUACAAUAAGAGCUGGAGGUAGGAGGU